UUUUGAACGCAUAGCAGACAUUCAUCAAUUAUGGCAGAAUCACAAUUCAUGAUACAUCAGGCGACACACAUGUUUAUGACAGAACCUAUCUACUUUCAAAUAAUUCAAAUGCAAGGAGCAUGGUUAGUCUGGGUGGGCAAACAAGCUGGGAAAAUGGGCGAUCUUGCUGUCUCCGUGCCUGCUUUUGGAUCACAGGCUAUUCCUUCUGCCACAACUGUGAUUGGGAACGAUGUCAAAGAAUUCAGUCGAAACUUGGCUCGCCGUUUAGCUCUCAAAUAUGGUGAACAAUUUUAUGUUAGUCUGGAUGUAUCAAGUCAAGACGAUAUGUUGAAUGCUUUUGUGGAGAAGAAAUUAAACGAUUUGGUCAAGACAACUGUGGCAUGAAAAUAUCAAACUCAUCCCCUUUUACAUCACUUUGGAGCAGCUCUGCAUAGACUGGUUCGAAUAUACUAUAGUUGUUAGAAGAGUUGAUCCCUUAGUGUAGACUGAUUAGCCCUUUCAAACCUUAUAUAUACAUUAUGAUACUUUGUUGUAUAAUACAUUGAAAAAAUAAAUGACUCUUUAUUCCCUU